AUGGUGGAUAAACGAGAGCUGGGCCUGAAGAAGAAGAUGAAUCUGAAAAUGGGCUUUUCCUAUUUCGUUGUGGGGUUUUUGUUUCUUUUGCCUCUCGCUUCGCCUCUCAGUGAUGAAGGGAAAGCAUUGAUGUCCAUUAAAGCUUCGUUUAGCAACGUGGCUAAUGAGCUUCUGGACUGGGAUGUUGCUCACAAUGAUGAUUUUUGUUCGUGGAGAGGUGUGACUUGUGCCAACAUCAGUACCUCUGUUGUCGCCCUGAAUCUGUCCAAUCUCAAUUUGGGUGGAGAAAUCUCACCAGCUAUUGGAAAUUUGAGGAAUCUGGAGUCCAUAGACCUUCAAGGAAAUAAGCUUACUGGUCAAAUCCCGGACGAAAUUGGAAACUGUGUCUCACUUUUGUUUCUUGAAUUGUCUGAUAAUCUGAUUGAAGGAGACAUCCCCUUCUCGAUUUCCAAACUUAAGCAGCUUGAGCUGUUGGGCUUGAGGAACAACCAGCUAAGUGGUCCAAUUCCUUCAACACUGACACAAAUUCCAAAUCUGAAAACUCUUAAUCUUGCUCGGAACCAGCUUACAGGGGAGAUACCUAGAUUGAUAUACUGGAAUGAAGUACUUCAGUAUCUUAAUUUGCGAGGAAACAUGUUAACAGGAACAUUGUCCCCUGAUAUGUGCCAACUGACUAGCCUUUGGUACUUUGAUGUUAGGGGCAAUAACCUAACUGGAACUAUACCAGACAACAUUGGUAACUGCACAAGCUUUGAAAUAUUGGAUAUUUCAUACAAUCAAAUCACUGGAGAGAUACCCUACAAUAUUGGAUUUCUUCAAGUAGCUACCUUGUCUUUACAAGGGAAUAUGUUAACUGGAAUGAUUCCUGAAGUGAUAGGUCUAAUGCAAGCUCUAGCUGUCCUGGAUUUAAGCGAAAAUGAAUUAGUUGGACCAAUUCCACAAAUUUUUGGCAACCUCUCGUACACUGGAAAACUGUACCUUCAUGGCAAUAAGCUAACUGGUCCUAUACCACCUGAGCUGGGGAACAUGACAAAGCUUAGUUACUUGCAACUAAAUGACAACCAACUGAGUGGAGGUAUCCCAGCUGAACUCGGGAAUUUGGAACAACUUUUUGAGUUAAAUCUGGCUAACAACAAUCUUGAUGGUCCCAUUCCUGAGAACAUUAGCUCCUGCACGGCAUUGAAUCAGUUGAAUGUGCAUGGUAACCAUUUGAAUGGGUCCAUACCGUCUGGUCUUAAACAUCUGCAGAGCCUCACUUAUCUGAAUCUUUCUUCUAACCAGCUUAUGGGUAGCAUACCAGUUGAGCUGGGCCACAUAAUCAAUCUUGACACAUUGGAUCUAUCAAGUAACAAUUUCUCAGGAUCUAUUCCUGUCUCAGUGGGUGACCUGGAGCAUCUUCUUACACUGAACUUGAGUCACAAUCAUCUUACUGGGCCUAUUCCUGCUGAAUUUGGUAACCUGAGGAGCAUACAGACAAUGGAUGUGUCGUUCAACAAGUUAUCUGGCAGCAUUCCUGAAGCCUUGGGCCAACUACAGACCCUAGCCACUCUCACAUUGAGUUACAAUGAUUUGAGUGGGAUAAUUCCUGAACAGCUAAGUAACUGCUUAAGCCUUGAAAAACUGAAUGUGUCCUAUAACAACUUUACUGGGUUGGUUCCUGUUGGUAGAAACUUUUCCCGGUUUUCACCUGACAGCUUCAUUGGAAAUACCUAUCUUUGUGGACACUGGUUGGGCUCGAUAUGCAAUCCAUAUCCACCAAAAUCGAAAGCUAUAUUUUCAAGAACAACACUUGUCUGCAUCACGUUGGGCUUUGUUGCAUUGUUAUCGAUGAUAAUUGUCGCCAUUUACAAGUCCAACCAGCCGAAACAGUUCAUUAAGGGCCCUAACAAGUGUAUGAUGCCAGGUUCGUCGAAGCUCGUAGUUCUUCACAUGGAUAUGGCUAUCCACACGUACGAGGACAUAAUGCGACUAACCGAGAACCUGAGUGAGAAAUACAUAAUUGGAUAUGGAGCCUCCAGCACCGUAUACAAAUGUGUGUUGAAAAAUUCCCGACCCAUUGCAAUUAAGCGACUCUAUUCUCAGUACCCUCACGAUUCUCGUGAGUUUGAGACCGAACUAGAAACAAUCGGCAGCAUAAAGCACCGAAACCUUGUGGGCCUGCAUGGCUACUCAUUUUCCCCAAUGGGCAAUCUCCUCUUUUAUGACUACAUGGAGAAUGGGUCUCUAUGGGACCUCCUUCACGCAGGCCCAUCGAAAAAGGUGAAACUCGACUGGGAAACGCGUUUGAAAGUGGCGGUGGGAGCUUCACAAGGGCUUGCUUACCUUCAUCAUGACUGCAAUCCUAAAAUCAUUCACAGGGAUGUGAAGUCCUCGAAUAUUCUGCUCGACGAGAAUUUCGAGGCCCACCUUUCGGAUUUCGGGAUUGCAAAAUGCUUGCCCUCUGCAAAAACCCAUGCGUCAACGUACGUGCUCGGGACAAUCGGGUAUAUUGACCCAGAGUAUGCAAGGACUUCUAGAGUAACCGAAAAAUCAGACGUCUAUAGCUUUGGCAUUGUGCUUCUUGAGCUGUUGACUGGGAAAAAAGCUGUUGACAAUGACUCCAACUUGCAUCAGCUGGUGCUGUCGAAAGCGGAUGAUGACACAUUGAUGGAGACUGUGGACCCGGAGGUUUCGGUCACAUGUGUUGACUUGUCCCACGUGAAGAAAGCCUUCCAGCUGGCACUGCUUUGCACGAAACGCCAUCCUUCAGAACGGCCCACGAUGCACGAGGUCUCUAGAGUGCUCGUUUCUCUCUUGCCGCCACCUCCUAAGAAAGCUAGCCCGACUAGCGCUGCUUCUCCGAGAAGUGUCGAUUAUGCUCAGUUUGUGAUUGGGAAAGGGCAGCCGAACUUCUUCACGCCACAACACGAACAGCAGCAAGUUGGGCAGGAUAACAAUUCAUCCGAUGCUCAGUGGUUUGUGAGGUUUGGGGAAGUUAUUUCUAACAACACCUUGUGA